CAGUUUUGUUAACCUUCCCCCACAAUCAGGGAGCCAGUUCAUUCUGUCGCGAUAUCUUCAUCCACACCACACAAAACAUUACUCGGGUGUGUUGACUGCCCUCAUUUAAUCUAGUUUUUUUAAGAACAGUAUUCAUAUUUUUUUGCGUAUCGUAGGCUACUAGAAAAAUGCAUUCCGGGGCAUUGGAAAGAGCUGGGUCACCGAGGAAAAGGACGCUUUCUCGGGGAGUGAGCGAGGAUGAGUCACUUCGCAACAUUAUCAAGGAGACGGAGAGUUCGACCAGGCGUCUGACGCACAGUGACAGCAGAGGGGGGACCCUCAAGAGGAGAAGUGGGAGUCAGCAGUCUGUGGAAGAUCAGGAACUGAUGGAACUCCCUGAGAUGAAUGACCUGCAGGCGAGCUACGACGAUGUGUUGCAGGAGCUGCGUGGGCUGGAGCUGCAGCGGGAGACUCUGUUGUUCCAGGUGGACGUUCUGCAGGACGCCCUGGAGGGGGCCGAGGAGAUGCUGGCUGAGGCCCAGAGAGAGGCCAGCCACGCCACCAUGGAGGUGGAGCGAGAGAGAGAGGCGAAGAGGAAGUUGGAGGACAUUGUCAGUUCUCUGAUGCAGGAGGUGGAGAGGCUAAAAGAGGAGAGGAACACCAUAUCAGCGGUCCCAGUGUACACACUUGUCAAGGAGCAGGAGAGGGAAGAUGAGAUGGCUAGACAACAAGCCCCAGAGAUGAAAAUCAAAAAGGGAGCACAGGAACAAAUCAGGGAUGCACCAAGGGAUGAGGACAAUUCUCGCCAAGAUGCACCUCUAUCUAUUAUCCGAUUGGACAGUGAGGGCCCCGGGCCCAACAACGGGCUAUCAUCUGAGACCAGCACUGGGGGGCUGCUCGCUUCCUUCUUCAAAAAGGGGAGGGGGGAGCAGCCUUCUGACAGUAUGACCCGGGCCUCUCCUCUCCACGUUGCCCGGCUGGUGUCCUCUGAGGACGUAGCAGAUGGGGCACAGGACAGCUUCACCAAGUUCACAAAGAUAGUCAACAAGACCUUUGGGCCGUUGUCACUCGGUAGCCAGACCCCCGGGAGCAAUCAGGAGGAGAACGGGCGUGACCUCUCCCCCGACAGGAACAAUGACACAGACAGCAUCAGCGCCUAUGAAGAUGCCUGCGCUGACAUGCCCGAGCUGGAAGAGGGUGACGGGCCAAGGCUGCCCCAUGAUGAAGGCUCCCCAGUAGAUGAUGAGGGAGACCUGUCGAAUGGCAACGAACCCAAGAGCCUCAAAAACCCCAAUGAAUCUUGCAUUCUGUCGUAAGAGCUGCAGAACUGUUGUGCUACGAAGGAUCAAAUCUUCUCUGAGAUCACUGCUCUCGCUCCGUCCGCCUCUUGAUAAUAUAUGCCAUUUAGCAGACGCUUUUAUCCGAAGAGACUUACGUGCAUCCAUUUUUUUAUUACGUCUUAUUGUUCUUGGACCUGUACUCUCCAUUUACACAUAUAGAAGGGUAGAGUCAAUCUUGGGAGUUGUCUUAAUGCUACCAGGCAGCGUGGAAUUCCAGUCAUGUCUACAGCCAAUCUCUCUCCCUCCGCAUGUUUGGCACGACUUGCAAGGUUGCACUUACGUGUUCUUUGUGUGUUUCCCCUCCCCCCCCUGCUGUUCGGCACAAAAGGCAAAUGACCUCUCUUUUUCUUAGUGACUGAUAAUCACACAAGACUGUUUGCGUACACUGAACUAUCAGAUAUGUCAGACCUUUUGCAUUCUAAACAGGCAAACUAUGUGAUUCGUAGAUGAAGACGAUUAUAGUUGUUUUUAUGCACUUAAGUUUAGACGCUGGCAAGAUUGUAAUCACAAUAGCAGGCAGCCAAGGAGCUAGCUACUAUAUAUUUGAAUAAUUCCAUUUAUGGGUAUAAAACCAUAAUGUUUUCACUGCCUCACUGGCCUUCACAGGGACAUUUAAAUUUGAUCUUCAAGAAGGAUUUGGUGCCUUUCCUGGCUCACCUUAAUGCAUUUUAUGAAUAUGGAAGAUUAACUUGAAAGAUGUGAUACAUUUACUGAAUGUAAUCUAGCUUUAGUACGAUACUAGCAUGAUUGAAAAAGUAACGACAUUCCAUUUAACAGUAAAACUUUAAGGAUACCUGAUAAUGUAUAUGUACAGUAACAGUACUGCAUGCUACUUGUCAGGUCAUGUUUGCACAGUCGCAGUGAAACUACUGAAUUGGUAGACCUUACAUGUUAUUUUGUAUCUGGCAUUGCUGGACAAUGUACCCUUUGUUUUUCUUCUCUCUACCCAUAACCAUUAACAUAAAAUCUGAGGAUAAUCUUUUGACUUGGAAAGAGUUACAUAAACAUUGCUACCUAUUAAUCUUUUUAGGAGAUUUUUGCAUAGUCCCAAAGGCACCUUAUUCCCUUUUUAGUGCAUUACUUUUGACCAGGGCAAUAUAAAGGGAAUAGGGUGUAAUUUGGGACGCAUACUUUAUCAACAUUCCUGUCCAUGUUUGACACUAGCGAGGUCAAAUGGAAUUGAUCUGUUUUCCAAUCCUUACAUUGUUGAACAUUUUCAACAGAUACUGCGUUUGUAAUGAACUUGGGGGCAAAUCUUACAAUGCCUUCAACACUAGGUUUUGUGUGUUAGACUUUGUAUCUCAAGUCAGAAUGCAGCUCUUGGUAAUAGGGGUUAAAUGGAUGUCAAGUUCGAAAGCACACUGAAAUAAUUCCUAACUGAUACUUGUGAUGUGAUUUCUAUUCUGUUUCUAUUGCCUGAAUUUCUGUUUCUGCGGGAGAUAGUCUUCAGAAAGUAUUCCCACACCUUGACCAUUUCCACAUGUUGUUACAAAGUGGAAUGGAUUUAAUUGUCAUUUAUGUUAACGAUCUAUACAAAAUACUCUGUCGAAGUGGGAAAAAAAAUCAAAUAACAUUGUAUUACUGGAAAAUAAAACACUAAAAUAUCUAAUUUG